AUGUCUCCGCCCUCCAACAUGUCUCUGCCCUCCGACAUGUCUCCGCCCUCCAACAUGUCUCCGUCCUCUAACAUGACUCUUGUCAUCAGUGGUGUAGGGGAGCUGAACUUGGAUGAAAUUAGUCGACAGAUGGCCGGUGAGCCAGUGUCCAGCCCUUCCCCACUUAACACACCAUAUCCUGACUGCCCCUACCUGCUGCUGGACGUCCGGGACCAGGACCAAUACAACCACUGCCACAUCAUCAGUGGUCUCAAGGUCAUCGCUCAGAAGUUUCCCAGUGGAAUGGUGACGGGCUCCUUCCCAGCCUCGUGCCUGUCCUCCCCCACCUCAAAGAGCAGGAGAAGCUCUGCUCCACAGCAGCUAGCACAGACAGCGGAGAGGAGGUGGAGGUUCACAUGUGAUGAGCUGACAAAGAUCCAGGAGCAGCUGGAAGAGACGCCCCUCCCCACCAACUCCAACAGCCGCACGUCCAGCUGCUUGACCACUAGUCGUGUCCCGUCAACAGCCUCGGGUCGUCUGAGCUCGUCCUCCUCCGCGAGCAAAACCAGCUCCAGAAUCCAGAGCAGCCGAACCUGGAAGUGA